AUGAAAUAAAAUAUAACUAAUACACAAAAAGUUAUUCGAAAGAGUAAAUGAUUAUCUUUAUACUUAUCUAGGACCUUGGAGUUAGGAUGAAGAUAUUAAAAUUCUUGAAUUAAUUUAAAUUUUUGGACCUUCGAAUUGGACUUAGAUUGCAUAAUAAUUACAAAGUAGAAAAGGAAAAUAAUGUAGAGAAAGGUUUAUGAAAUAAUUUAUCUUUUUAGAUGGCAUAAUCAUUUAAAUCCAUUAAUCAAAAGAUCCCCUUGGAAUGAAGAUGAAGAAUGGAUUUUAUAUUUAUAUCACAAAAUCUUUCGUAUACUUUCAUGAUUAUAAAUUAAAGGUAAUAAAUGGUCAUAAAUUGCUAAAUACAUUAAUGGUCGCACAGAUAAUUCAAUAAAAAAUCAUUGGAACAGUGGCAUGAAAAAAAAAUUAAAUUAAUUUUAGAGAAAAUUCAAUUAAAUCAAAUAAAAAGUUUUAAGAGAAGGGUAUAUUAUUAUAUUUAAAAAUAGCGUUUCUGUUCUUAGUGAAUAUGAUUUAGAAUAGAAAUCAAUUAUCUAAACCAUUUUAAUUGAUAGGAUUUCAUAAAAUAAAUAAAAAUAGAGUGAUCUUAUGCUAUCAUCUUUAAAAAAUUUGAAAAAAACUAAAACUGACAAUUUAUACUACGAAAAAUUUAUAGAAUAAGAAUAGAUAAUAGAAUAAAACAACUUAAAUUCUGAAUUAGAUUAAUAAAGUGAUAGGUUAUAAUUUGAUUUUAAAUUAGCUAUUUUGAUUCGAAUAAUAAAUUUUUGGUCUCUAAAAAUUAAGUUGAUAACGACUAUAAUUUUUAUUGA